AUUCCUCUGAUUUUUGGUGUCUGCUGAGCUCUUGGGUGCAGCUUUCUGAUUCUCUCCACCUCUAAAUAACAGUUCUAUCAGGAUCCCAGAGCUAGGUGAACUAUAGUCGCUCCCGGUCACAAUGGCUGCCAACAUAACCCCUGAGGGUUGCGGCCCUAAUGUGGACUCCCUCUACUACAACCUGUGUGACCUUAGUGCAGUGUGGGGCAUCGUGCUGGAGGCUUUCGCGGGGGCUGGCAUCGUCUUCUCCCUGGUGCUUUUCAUCUCCCUGCUGGCCAGCCUGCCCUUCAUGACAGACAAGAACCACAGGAGCUCAGUGGGUCUCCACGCCUGCUUCCUGAUCUGCACUAUCGGUCUCUUCUGCCUGACCUUCGCCUUCAUUGUGGGAAAGGACUUCUCCACUUGCGCCUCACGCAGGUUCCUGUUCGGGGUGUUGUUUGGCGGCUGCUUCGCCUGCCUUCUCAUGCAGAGCGUAAAUUUGAACAUCCUCGCGAGGCGGAACAGAGGGCCCUGUGCUUGGGUUUUAUGUCUAGGGGCAGUGGGGCUGUGGCUGGUGGAGGUGGUCAUCAACACGGAGUGGCUGAUCAUCACAGUGGUGCGCAACCCACUGCCACCGCUUAAUUCCACAGAUGAGACUGGCAGAGCCACAGCUACGCCUUGUAACAUUGCCAACCAGGACUUUGUCAUGGCGCUGAUCUAUGUGUUGACCCUGAUCCUGGCUGUGGUGGUGGCCAGUCUGGUCAUCAUGGCAGGCAAACACAAGCAGUGGAAGAUUGAAGGUGCCUGUAUCCUCGUGACCGGCCUGUUCUCUGUGGGAAUUUGGGUGGCAUGGAUCGUCAUGUACGUCUACGGGAACGAGAGGCACGGAGGGCCCAGGUGGGAUGACCCCACCUUGGCCAUUGCCUUGGUGGCGAACGCCUGGGUGUUCCUCAUCAUCUACACCAUUCCUAAGAUCUGCUGUUUGACUGCUGAUGAUGACAGCCAGCUGAGCUACGGACAAGAUGUUUACCCAAACCAAGGAGUUGGCUACGAAACCAUCCUGAAGGAACAGAGCUCCCAGAGCAUAUUCAUGGAAAACAAGGCUUUCUCUAUGGACGAGCCCAACCAAGGGUCCAAGCCUGUGUCUCCAUACAGCGGCUACACCGGCCAACUGCGUAGUGCAGUCUACCAGCCCACUGAACUAGCUCUCAUCACCAAACCAAUAGGAAACCACCCUACAGAACCCUCCUAUGACAUGGUCAUUCCCAGAGCUUCCACCAACUCUGCAGCCAACAGCGGGAGCAGCACCCCCUCAACACACACUGAGAAUGGGAACACUGCAUUCACACACACAAACGGAAAUAGCGGGAAUGGUCUGCAUAGGACGUCCCAGUGGUGAACAAACUGCCUGUCAAACUAAGCUUUCACCCCCCUGGUCUGACUAAUUUCAGUUUGUGUCUUUUCAUUUAAACUUGUUGACUGUAUGUUGUUGCUGUUAUGGUUCCCUAAGCUGGUUCUAAGAGGAACCCCUCAGCCCCGGACAUGUGGAGGUGAACACUAGGUCAUAACUGCUGGUGGAAAACAGCUAAACCAUCUAUUGACUGAUUGCCCAUGUGCCGCUGGGUCUCAGACAGCGUGGAGCUUCAUUUGGAAGUCAAAGCGAGGGGGUGAAGCCACGGCUUUGCUGCAGAACAAAGACUUUUUGCAAUGGUUGCCAUUCACAGAGAGUGAAUUGUGAGCUCUCUGCUGGACCCAAUCACGCAGAUGAGGAGUGAUGGUGCUGACAGUGCAAAACAUGAUAGAAGUACAGGUUGGGAGUGUCUUUAGCGCAAUGUGAGUAAGUAUACAUGUGUAUACUUACAUGUAUACCCCCCCCCCCCCCACACACACACACACACCAUAAACAGCCUUUAUAACUGUCACUGCGGUAGCAGCCGCUCUUUCACACACACUUUCAUUUGUAUUCAAAAAUAUUGUGCACAGUUUAAUUAUAGGAGUCAAUAUAUAUUUUUGUGCCUGGAUUGUUAAUAUUGUUAAUAACCACAACAAAGUUCACAUAACACUGAGCUACUGGUGUGGAAUUAAUGUAAAUAUGUUGUUAAUGUGUCACUGGUUCUACACUGCAUGGAAGCACUGUACGAAUAUGUAUAUUUAAUGCUAUUUAUAGCACUACAGUGUGCUAUUUAAUUAUUUCAUCUAAUUUCUAACAGUUAAACAAUCAUGAGAAUAGAGAGCUGAAAACCCAAAUUAGCUUGUUUCAUUCACUUAAAAUGUACAGAGAAUAAUGAAUGAAUUAAGAUUUCUGGACCCAGCUGCUGUUUUUUUGCUCAGAUUUUACUGUCCUGUACAGCAACACACUAAGUUUAAAUACAAACAGAAAAGACUAUUAUCAGCUUUUCACAAAAAGAAAAUGUACUGUCUUGUCAAGGUGGAAAAUAUCUUAAAGAAGGACUUCCGCUGUCUAUAAUGCCUUUAUUUUAAUGUAUUGAAAUCAUUUGAUUACCCAGACCACAGCCACUUACUUUUUAAUAAAUAAAUAUUCACUUGUGA